AUGGAUGGAUGGAUGGUGAACAGUGUGCAGUACAUGUACUCUGCAUGUUAUGUUUCUAUCCGUAUGGAUACUGUUUUCAUUCUAGCUCGAUGCAUGGAAGAAUAUGUUCAUGCCCAGACACACUAUCAUCACCAUGAUGCCGUAUAUCGUCAGCCCGAGACUCAACCGCCGGAGCAGCGUCUUGCGCCACUGGCGCGUCCCGCUGAGGAUGCCGCUGGACGAGAGCAGGCCGCUCCCGCUCAGCAGGCCUUGGUCGUCGGGGUUCCCGUCGUCGGAGAGGUCGUCGGCCUCCGCCUCGUCAUCUUCCUUCAUGAGGCGCUGGUGUGUGUCCGAUUCGGGAGACGAGAUCUUAUAGUAGAACAGUCCCGGGAGAAUAAAGCUGAUGCUGGUGCUGCCGGUGCUGCCGACGUAAGCCAGCACGGCUUCCAGCGACGACACGGUCAUGGCCGUGAUGAAACUCAGGAUGAGAAUCGUCGUUGUGAUGGCUGCAAAGCGAACGUUGCUCAUGGGCUGGGGCCCGCCACGGUUGGCACGCGGUAA